CUUCAGGAGAGGUAUUGAUCUCAUCUCCCGCCCUCCCAGCCAACGGGGCGACUGUUUCUAUUCACCACGCCGAGUCGCAUUGCUCGCGGCAACACAGCUGGCGCCCAACUACGCAACAGAAGCCGUUAAGGACAGGGCCGAUUGCGCACAGACAUACACCAAGGAUGGGUAGCUGCCUCUCUCGGACAUCGCGUCAGCAGGGACAACGACUGGGCAGCUCCAGCAGUACGCAAGAUGCUAGUCAAGGGGAGCAACCUGGCUUUUCUGGGGCCGCGGCAGGCGGCGAGGACGAUCGAGCAGCUCGAGCCCAGGCUGCCCAAGCGCGUGCUGAGGCGGCCGCAAAGAGAGGGGGAGGCGGUGGCAGUCUGAGCAAGAAGCUGGAGGCAGAGCAGCGAGCAGGUGGUACAGGAGGGAGCAACAAGGCGGCAAUGCCCGAGAGGGUGGAUUGGAACUAGUUCACUCAGCGCUGUGUUUAUCUGUCAUCUUGUCUGUCACCAGUUCUGUCAUUUUUAUUUUAUUUUUUCCUCUCACAUCUUUUUUCCGGUCGUCAUCUACAAUAUAACAUUACGAAUCUCGAGGCAGCACGGAAGGCAGUUAGGCCACGGCAAUCGUAAAGAACAAAUCGCCAUCAUCCUCGGCAAGAUGCUGCGAUGUCAAAUUGAGUGUUGUGGCACAUCUAGACAAGGCCUAGCCUCGAACGGAGUGAUUCAAUCGCUCGCUUCCCCGCGUGGACGGUCCUGAGCGCAACCGAGGAGGGUGAAAGAAGGAGAAGGCCUUACCCGA